AUGGAAGAGUAUGUAACAACUUCGAAGGAUAAAAAAGAAAAAAAAAGGAAGAAAGAAAAAAAGGAAAAGGUAAAAGAAAUUUUUUCAUUGUCAGAUUCUUCGGAUGAUGAAAGUAAAAUUAAAGAAAAGUCAAUAAGAGAAAAAAAUUUUUCCAAAGUUAUUGAAACUCCUGAUGUAAAACAAGAUGGAUUCCAAAUUAUAUUACGUAAGCAUCCAGAACGGAUGUUAAAGGCUUUCGAUUUAAUUAAAAAAGAUUUAAAAUUUACUAGUGAAAUAUUUUCAAAAGAAAAUGUUAAAACUAAAGCAUUUUUUGAAGCAUCACCGGCAAUACCAACAAAGGAGAGGUAUGAAGAUACUUGUGAGUCAGAGGAUGAUUAUGAUGCUCCACCAAAAAAAGUUAAAAAAGUUAAUUUAGUUGUUGAGAAUAUAUCAAAACCAAUUACUCAUAUAAAGAUGUUGGAUGGAGAAAAUAAUGUUAUUUUACCAGAUAAGAAUAUUGAAGAAACUUGUGAUACUUUUGUUAAACAUGCAAAGAAAAUACGUAUAGGACAUUAUCUACCACAAAAAGAAAAUGAAAGAAAAAAAAAGUUGAAGUUUUUACCUGAUGACGAUGGUAUUAUGAGAAAAGGAUAUCCUUUUUAUCAUUGGCAUAGACGUAAUAUUACUGAUACUUAUAAAGCUAGAAUUUUACAAUAUAAUAUUAAUAUUAUAUAUGGACCAUUUACAGAGGAGGAAGAUGAAAUUAUUAUAAAAAAUUGGAAAAAAUUUUGUAAAAAUCAUGAUACUAAAGAAGAAGAGUUAUUUUGGUAUCUUGGUACGUGUGCAUUAAAUCGUAAAUCAAAAACAUCUAGAAAAGAAGAAAGAGAUUUUAUAGAAGAAACAGCUAUGAUACCUAAAAUUUGUAAAGGCUUAAAUAACAGAUUAUCUAAUAUGGUUAUUUGUAGGCUUAAGAAGUUAUACUCUCCUUUGAAUCUUUUAAAUAAUACAAAGUAUAUAUGUUUAUUUACAAGAAAAGAAAAGGAUGAAAUUAUUAGUUUGUUAAAGAAAUAUAAUCAUAAUAUUGCCAGGGUUGCUUUAGAAACGAAUAAAUCGUGGGUAUCAGUUCAACAUUUGUGGACUCUUGAAAAAAUGAAAACAGAUUAUCCAUUUUACGCAAUGGCUUAUAUUUAUAACACAAUUGAAAAUUCAUCUCUCGUAAAAAUGAAAAAACUUCUAACAAGUGAUGAAAAUUUUGAUGAUAUUUUAAAACCAAUACUUGUUAACUUAACUAAAGAAAUUUCUGAUACCACUGUAGAAUCAAUUUCAUUUGUGAUUAAUGCAAUGAGAGAAUAUGUUAAAGAAGAAAUGAAAACAACAAAGAAAUUUAAAAAAUCAAUAAAGUUAUUACUACCAUGGAGAUUUUUUGAUGCAACAGUAAAAGACACUUAUCUUAUAUAUAUUAACAUGAGAAUAACAAAUAUUGAAAAUGGAGAAGGAACAAAUCUGAAAGAUAAUAUUUUAUAUUCAGAAAUAGAAAAAAAUCGAUUCUACAUAAAUUCACCACAAUAUCCAAAAAUCGCAUUUGACUCUGCUCAUAAAAAAUAUAAAAAAGCAGCAAAAAUUUUUGGAAAAGGUAUUAUUAAACAUAAUUGUGGGGAACGUUAUCAAGAUUUGCUAAUAGAGAAACAUAUUAUUGAAAAUGUUUUAAAAGACGGAGAAGAUUUGUCACUUUUACUUGAACGUAUAGAUCAAUGUAAAAAAGUUUUAUUAAAAUAUUUAUAUACAUUGAAAAAGAUUGAUUUUGUAUCAUAUGAUUUUGAACCACAUGAAGUAAAUGCUAUUGACAAAUAA